GUUCCGCGAAAGCUUUGAAAACAGAGCUUGCCCUGUUGUCGAAAGACGAAGCCGGCGGCAAAGAAGCAAAAGAGAGGGAGGAAGAGAGCAUGAAGUUCUCAGUGAAAGCAUGGAGCACGAGCAAGGGCAAUUCCGCUGCAAGGACUGGUGUAUUUCAGCUGGGCAACUGUCCUCAAAUAGAAACACCUGCUCUCCUCCUUUCUACACGUAAAGGGUUACCCCAUUUUAUUUCGCCUGACCUCCUCCCUUCUCUUCCUAUCCCUGAUUCUUCUCUCCUUCAUGUGAGCCCUCUUCACUUCAUGGAGGGAAUUUCAUCAAAAACAAUAUCCUCAAUUGGAGGACUCCAUAAAAUGCUUGGAUUGCAUGAUUUUGGACUUGCUGCUGUAGCAAGGGAUUCCAUUCAAUGCCUUCCAGAAAGUAGUGCCACAAAUAAACUUGGUGCAUCUUUUGAAACUCCUUGUGGUCGCCUUUUGAUUAAACCUGCAGAAUACAUGGGAAUAAUUUCUUCUUUGAGGCCAAAUCUUUGGGCCACUUUGGCUGAUGAAGUACCUGCAUGGGUAUCAAAGAAGAGGAACAAGAAUUCAGUUGAUCGAACUGUAAAGUGGCUUGAUGAAUGUGUUGCACUAAGCCCGACAGGUGGAGUUGCUUUUGGAGCCAUUGUUGGAGGGUCUGAUGUCGAAGAACGGAGGCGAUGUGCACAAGAAGUAGUGAAGCGCAAUGUAUCAGGUUAUUGGAUUGGAGGAUUUGGAUUUGGAGAGAGCACUGAUGAGCGCCCUGCUUUGCUUAGUGCUGUAACUGAUAGUUUACCAAAGGAUGGGCCACGUCUGAUCAGUGGACUAGGACUACCAGAGGAGGUGUUGCAGGGUGUUGCUGCUGGCAUUGAUCUUUUUGACUCAUCUUAUAUUUAUCAUCUAACUAUUGGAGGCUUUGCACUUACCUUUCCACUGGAUAACAAAACAUACGCUUCUGAUUUGAAGUUGACUGGUAUGGGAAGUGACCAGACAAAGAUUAAUCUGAAAGCAACUGUUUACAGGAAAGAUGCGACGCCAAUUGUUGAAAGCUGCAGCUGCUAUACUUGUCAGAAUCAUACUAAAGCUUACAUCAAUCAUUUACUCAAUGUUCAUGAAAUGUUGGCCCAGAUUCUUCUAGAAAUACAUAAUACACACCACUAUCUGGGGUUCUUCCGGUCAAUAAGAGAAGCAAUAAAGGAAGGCAGAUUUGAGCAAUUUCGGGAGAUGUUUGCUGAGAAAAGGCGUAUUCAUCUUGCUGAAGUUGCUGUAUGUGCAUGAUGUGCUCCUUUCUUUAUCCGUUUUUUAUUUUCAAUUUUUUGAACUCAUACAUUUUUAUGUCAUAACCUAAUUUUGGUUUCUCAAAAAAAAAUUA